CGGUUCUCCAUAAACAGCUCGUCAACCACCUCGGUAGCUUGCUAGCCAACAUAGCCGAAAGAUUCAAGCUAUUUAGACGCUUUCAGUGUAUAUUAGCUUCUGUGUUUUAGACACGCUUCUGUCUUAUUUACUUGUUAACCUAUUUAAUAUUACGUUAUUUUUUAUUAGUCAGCUAUAGUAGCUGGCUGGUUAAGUUAGCACUAGCCUAGUCGCUAAUGAUAGCUAGCUAGCUAACAUCCCCGAACAUGAGCUCCCUAAACUACUCCCCUCCUGUUAAAGAAGAGGAGGUCUGCUGGACGGAGAAAGAAGCUCUGGGGCUGAACAUUGUCGUGAAAGAGGAGACGGAAGAGGAGGAUGUCACAGUAAAACAAGAAGUAGAGGGUGAGGCUGUUACCGUGAAAGAAGAAGAGGAAGACUCGUUCAGAGUGAAAGAGGAGGAGGAUGUUACAGUAAAAGAAGAGGAGGAUGCAGUUUUUGGAGUGAAGAAGGAAGGAGAGAUUACUGUCACAUUGAAAGAUGAAGAGGUGGAAAUCAGAGAUCUGAGUAACACCAGAGAGAGACCAGACUCUCACUAUGACAGCAGGAAGAGUCCUUCAGAGGAACCAGACCCAGAGACGCCCAAACCAGCGAGACAACACAACUGCUCCCACUGUGAAAAGAGUUUUCGCUGUUUAGGGAACCUAAAACGCCAUGAGAGGACACACACAGGAGAAAAGCCAUACCACUGCUUACAAUGUGAAAAGAGAUUUUCCGGAUUAGGGGACUUAAAAGCUCAUGAGAGGACACACACAGGAGAAAAGCCUUUCCAUGCUGGGAACAUUAGAAACAGUUUUAUUCAGUUAGGAAGCCUGAAGGAGCAUGAGGGGAUGCACACAGGAGAAAAGCGUCAUCACUGUUCCCAGUGUGGAAAGAGUUUUACUGUGUUAAAUAACCUGAAAAGGCAUGAGAGAAUACACAAAGGAGAAAAGCCAUUUCAAUGUUCCCAUUGUGGAAAGCGUUUUACUCAGAGAGGGCACCUACAAGAGCAUGAGAGAAUACACACAGGAGAAAAGCCUUACCACUGCUCCCAGUGUAAAAAUAGAUUUUCACGAGUAGGGGACCUAAAAGCUCAUGAAAGUACACACACAGGAUUAAAGCCUUACCCCUGCUUCUUAUGUGAAAAGAGAUUUUCCCGAUCAGGGGACCUAAAAGCUCACGAGAGGACACACACAGGAGAAAAGCCUUUUCAAUGUUCCCAGUGUGGAAAGAGUUUUACCCUGUUAGCUAAUCUGAAAAGGCAUGAGAGAAUACACACAGGAGAAAAUCCUUAUCACUGUUCCCACUGUGGAAUGAGUUUUAUUCAGUUAGCGAGCCUGAAGGCACAUGAGUGGACACACUCAGAAGAAAAGCCUUUCCAGUGUUCCCAGUGUGGAAAGAUUUUUACCCUGUUAGCUAACCUGAAAAGGCAUGAGAGAAUACACACAGGAGAAAAGCCUUACCACUGCUUCCAAUGUGAAAAGAGAUUUUCCCGAUCAGGGGACCUAAAAGCUCAUGAAUGGACACACACAGGACAAGAACCUUUCCAUUGUUUCCAGUGUAGAAAGCGUUUUACCGUGUUAGCUAACCUGAAAAGGCAUGAGAGAAUACACACAGGAGAAAAGCCUCAUCACUGUUCCCACUGUGGAAUGAGUUUUAUUCAGUCAAGGAGCCUGAAGGAGCAUGAGUGGACACACACAGGAGAAAAGCCUUUCCAAUGUUCCCAGUGUGGAAAGAGUUUUAUCGUGUUAAGUAACCUAAAAAGGCAUGAGAGAAUACACACAGGAGAAAAGCCAUUCCAAUGUUCACAUUGUGGAAACAGUUUUACUCAGAGAGGGCACCUAAAAGAGCAUGAGAGAAUACACACAGGAGAAAAGCCUUACCGCUGCUCCCAGUGUAAAAAUACAUUUUCCCGAGUAGGGGACCUAAAAGCUCACGAGAGGACACACACAGGAGAAAAGCCUUUCCAAUGUUCCCAGUGUAGAAAGAGUUUUACCGUGUUAGCUACCCUGAAAAGGCAUGAGAGAAUACACACAGAAGAAAAGCGAGGCACUGAAGAUGUGGAUGUCGAAUAAGGCAGCCCCCCGCACCUCUCUGAUUUGGAGUGGUUGGGUUAAAUGCGGAAGACACGUUUCAGUUGAAUGCAUUCAUUUGUACAACUGACUAGGUGUCACCCAUUCCCUAUUAUAGAGCUCUGCUCAGCCUAUAAACAUGAAAGCAAGGUUAUAUUUAAUGUUCUACAUUAUUAUUAUUAUUAUUAUUAUUAUUAGGGCAGCCGCCAAGUUAUGAAAAUUAUGGUAUGUUCUGAAAACUGACUUCAGGUUUUUGAGGAAUCUAGCCUCGCAGGAAGACAGUUUUAUUUUAUGGCGGUUUAAUUCUGUUCUCUUUUUAGUAUUUAACUAAAUACUCUGUCUUUGGUAGGACAGGGACCAGACUUAUCACUGUUCCCACUGUGGAAUGAGUUUUAUUCAGUUAGGGAGCCUGAAGGAGCAUGAGUGGACACACACAGGAGAAAAGCCUUACCACUGCUCCCAGCGUAAAAACUGAUUUCACGAGUAGGGGACCUAAAAGCUCAUGUGCGAAUACACACAGGAGAAAAGCCUUUCCAAUGUUCCCAGUGUGGAAAGAGUUUUACCUGGUUAAGGAGCCUAAGAGGACACACACAAUAAAAGUCCAACCACUGCUCUCUCUCUGUGUGGAAGGACAUUUUCCCAGUCAGCAAUCCUGAAAUCACAUGAGAAAGGCUGUAUUCCUACUUAUAUUUAUGACUGAGAAUUUGUGUUUUUGUUUUGUGCCACAUGAAAUCAUAUUGUUCAUGAUUAUACCCGUCUAUAUAAGGUCCGACAGUUGGCAAUGCACGUCAGAGCAAACUCCAAGCCAUGAGGUCGAAGAAAUAGAGGUCGAAGAAAUUGUCCGUAGAGCUCAGAGACAGGAUUGUGUCGAGCCACAGAUCUGGGGAAGGGUGCCAAAAAA